AUGAACGGAUUAUGCGUUCGUGUUUACUACGUCCCUACCCUACGCUUUGCCCAUCGUGUUGUAGGGUGGAUCGUUCUAGUUUAUGCCAAAGCCGUUUACAUGCAUGGCCCAAUUUGA